ACAACCAAGUCUCUCCAUAGCAACUAGAGAGUUUGAUAAUAAACCUGAAACGAAAUAAAACAUAACGUAUACAACUCAGUACUGAAAGGAAAAUACAAAUAAAAUAACUGAAUAAUAUACGAAUACAGACAACAAAAUGAAUAUUAGCUCAACAAUUUGUUGGUGCAACAUCUACCACAGCAACAGCAUACAAAAUGUUGGGCCAAAUGUGCUCGCUUUGCGUCAGGCAAAUUUGCUCAAAUUUAUGCAGAUGACAACGGGAGCUGUGAGCUAUUUUAAAGCUGAAACUGUUGCAAAUGGUCUCAAUAUUCAUAACUUUGCUGGGCACAAUCGUUUUCCGCUCUUUGCGUUUGAUGAGACUGUCUUAUGUCCGCGUAUUUUUAUUUACAAAUAUCCAGAGAUGACCAGAUUUGCUACACUGCCAACGAGCAUGCUCACGUUCACAGCGUUGAAAUUCUCCGAGCUUGAUUUGCUAAUUGCCGUUGGUGGAUAUCCAAGCUAUCCGAUUUGCGUGUUCAAUUUCCGCACAAAUACCAAAAUUCUAGAGCAUCCGACUAAUAUAAUUACGCGAACUUUCACCAUAGCACUGAGCAGUAGCAAUUCGCCGAGUAUUGUGCAAUACAACAGGGAGAAUAUGGUAAUCUAUUGCUAUGAAAUGUGCUUCAUCGAAAAGGAUGCGUAUCUGCAUCAGGUGUCCGAAGUGGAAAUGGGCAAGAAAUACGUAAAGUCCGCUGAUCAUUUCAUGUGUUUCAGCGAGGAUUCUGGCCUCUAUGUGGUCAACGAUUAUGGCGAAUUCUCACAGAUUGACAUUGCCUGCUUUGCCAUCAAGUCACGCUGGAGUCCCAUGCUCCUAAGUGAAUAUGGCAGAGAGAUGGUAACUCGUGCCCACAGUGUUGUGUCACACAAAAUGGGAUUUCUCAUAGCGAACAACUCGACGGCAUUCUACAUUAAGAAGAAGGCCGGCAACUUCGCUAUUGAAUGGACCAUCGAACAGGGAAUGAACAAAGUCGAUAUGUUCAUCAGCAAUCCGAAUGGCGAACUCUAUGCAUCACAAGAGUUUGGAAUUAUUUCCCAGGUUGGUAUCGAGGAGAGUCUCGGCAAGCUGCAAAAAGUGGUCAACAGUGGCAAAGCGAUUUUAGCAUUCCGCACACUCAACUGUUUCAAGGAGGAAGUCGUUGUGGUCUUGCACAAUGAUGGCGUCGCCAUGAUGGAUCUGGCGUAUGGCAAAACACUCUCAGAAGUGGAGAUUAGCUUGGCCUGCAGCUUGUGUAGUCAUCGCAUGCAGGCCUUUGUGGUUGUGGGCACCGUCGAUGGCUACCUAAUGCUCAUUAACUACGAGAAGCCUUCGGUUGCGAACAUCGUCUUUGAGCUGCAGUGCGACACAGCAGCUGUGUUUUCCAUAGCGUAUCAUGACAACUGUAUCGUAUUCCAGGAUCAGGCCAAAGGCUUUCAUGUCGUUAACGUCGAGUAUCGUCCUAUUAAAAUGACCUAUUACUUUGCCGUCAAGGAUGAGCAGCUGCUGCGCGAAGUCUUUGUUCAUAGCUUUCUCUUGGUUGAGGGUCCUCGAUUGCUGGUCAUGAUUGCACGUGAUAAAACUCUCAAAGCACCAGCGUAUGCUGAGGAAAUGUGGAUCUACAAUUGGACCAAGGACAGACGUUUGCACAGACGUGAAUUACCGUUGCCCAAUCAGUAUGUCUCAUUCUUUGUCCAGGCCCCGAUGGGUCGCUGGGUGACCGUUGAGAUUAUUGCUGCCGUCAAGGAUAGUCCUAUUGUGGAUCAGUUUGUGCUGAACGAGGCCAGCGAACUGCAGUGGGUGUCAUCGAUAAAAACUUCGCAUUAUGGCCACAUCACUGGCGUUGGCCUUACCAAGCAUCUGACCACCUGGAGUGUCGAUGGCAUCAUGGUGCAUUUCCGACAGCAUAAGCGUUCCAAGAAACCGUACAUGAUCUCACGCUUUGUCACGAUCUUUUUUGCACCCGAAUGCCUGCUGCGCGCCAGAGAAUGCUACAACUCCAAAUACCUGAUUGUGUUGAAUGCCGAAAAUGUGCUGUGGGUGGCUCGUUUGCCAUCGCUGGCAGACAACGCGCGAGAGAACGAGGAAUUGCCAGUGCCUCCGAAAUAUGUUGUGCAGCAAACGCGCAUGGUGUCGGCUCCGUUUGUGCCACUUUCUGCGAAGCUGGAGGUGAAGGAGCAAUAUUCACCGGCAGAUAUCUUGAAACGCGAGAAAAUUAUGCACAUGAUACAGGACUUUGCAGCCAAGGUGACGGCAUUAAUCAACUACGACAUCUCUGUGACAGGCAAGACCAAAGGGGUCUUUAAGAAAUUUUGCUAUCACUAUAAAUGGCUCGAGGCGCUGACAGAUGAGGCGCAUAAGUUGUGCGCCUUGGAACGCGAAUCAUUGAUGCGAGCUAUCGAGGAUCAAUCACGCAUACGUGAUUGGAUAAUGCGACUGGUGACCCGAGAUGCCAUCAACAUCAACUACAAAGUGCGAUCCAUUAGUGCCGAGGCAAACUUCGAGAGUUUCUCGCUAGUACGCAAACCAAAUAUGUUAGUCUUUGACAAGUAUCGUUUCUACGAUCUGGAAGAUCAUAUGCGUUUCUCCGCACUAUCCAUGGACGGGAGGGAGUCGGAGAGAACUACUUACAUGGGCAGUAUUGCUGAGAUGAAACCUGACGAGUCAAAGAAUGAACUGAAGCAAUAUGUCGUGGAAGGAACGAGUGUCUAUGAGCACAUAAUGGCGCCACAAUUUCAACUGCAAACCAAGAGCACAGUUACCUCCAAUCAGAUUUUCAAUGACAAUUGCAAGUUUAACUACUAUCUGGCUGAUCCACUGAAGCAGGAGUUCAACAAGCAGUUUCACGAGGCGCAGCAGCUCAAGCGCGAGACCAUCGACAAUGUGCUCAACACCAAUGGAGUGCUCACCAAGAUCUAUGACAAUAUGAAUAUUAUGCUACGUCUUUUGCACAUGGAAACGUUUCAGGCUCCUGCUUUGACAGCGCCUUCGCUGGCUAAGGAUGAGGUAAUCAAAUACAUUAUGGAAGUGGAUGAUUCGGAGAUCAAGGCCAUCAAUCGUAGGAGACGUAAGACCAUUGAUACGGGUGGCAAACGAGGUCGUUUGUUGCUCUGGUCUGCGGAGUUCUGGGCGCGUGCGCUCAUUGUGAUGAUGGAUGGCGUUAUUGAGAAAUUGUGGGAGGAGGAGAUCAAGAAAGACAUUCCCAUACCCGAGUUUGUUUUCAAAAAGCAGCCGCAUGAAUAUUCGCUGGAGGAUCAGAAGAUCUAUCGUGCUUACGAGGAGGCAGUGCAUCAACUCGAGUUAGAUCGUCGCAAGUAUUUGGGCAUUUUGCAUGAUAACGAGGGAAAAACGCUGCAAUUGAAGACGAAGCAUAUUCUUAAACUAAAUCAGCGUGUUGCUGAAUUGAUGCUAAUGAAACUCAAGUACGAUUUCGCCUUGACGCAGAAUCUUGUGAGAAUGCUUAAUCUGAAGACCAUCAAUCAUGUGCGCGAUAAGCUGCGCGAGAAAAUCAAAAGCUAUCGCAACAAUUACAACAAACUCAACGAUUACAUCAAGAGGUACACUUAUCUGCUAGAGUUUUGGGAAGCUACAUUGACGGAUGUGCGCGGUCGACUUGAGGCUCAACAGGUCAGAGAUCGCGCCUUAGAGCGACAAUUUCGUGGUAAUUAUCUCAACACUGUGCCACAUGCCUCACAUGAGAUGACAAAGCUCUUCAAAAAGCGACCCAAACUGUCGAAUAAGCUCUUUAGCACAUCGCUGAUCUGCAGCGAAGUAGCGCACAAGUUGAGUCCCAAGCAAAUCAAUCGAAAUGCUUUUCCCAUGCCUAAGGAAAUCAAUGAUUUCCUCGCCUUGGUCGCUGAGAACGAUGGACCCAAAAAUUGUCCACCUCAGGUGGAUGCCAAGUCCUGGGAAGCCUUUGUCAAGCUGCGUCGUCAGAAGAUUGAAAGCGAAUUGCGGCUGAAAGGUGUUGGAUAUCAGCUGAUCGAUAGUCAGAGCUAUAUCAACAGUCUAACCAACGACAUCGUCAGCUUGAAGGAAUCACAGGCUCAGACCAAAAAACAAAUCGAUGAUACCAUACAGCAAUAUCUCGAAGCCAUGCGGAACAUGACUUUGCAGCUAACUUUGACACUGGGUCAGGUAGAGGUGAAUGUCAGGGGCAAUACAAAAUCGCUUGAAAACUGCGUGCUCAUGCAUGUGGAUGACAUCAAUGAUGUGAACAGCAUGAUAAAGGAUGCUGGCAUGAAGAAAAUCAAAGCUAUGCAACGCGUGGCUGUCUUCAGGCGUCAGGUGAUCUUCAAGGAGUGGGAGCAUAAACUCUACAAAGCCAACAUCGCAUAUCUCAAGUACAUGCUGGAAGCCAUUGAGAAGUGCAAAGUGACCAUAGAUUUUCUCAACAUUUUACGCAACUGGGAAAAAGUCAAAGCAGAUCGUCAGAAAUAUAUGGUUGCUGGGGCCAUCGAACGCAUUAUGGAGCAAAAGAUUGCUGUAUUUCGCAAACAAAUCGAACGCGUCAACAUCAAAAUCGAUAGCGUCAAGGAGAAAACACUAGAAAUCAAACGCCGCAAUCAUGUGAUCAAUGCCAAAAUCGAACGUCUCAAAAUUGAUGUUGCUUUUCAGAACUCGCAACGCGAUAUUAUGAUGGAGCAGCGUCGUGAUCGCGAGCAACGCGAACGCAUGGAACAGAUUAAGACCCAUCGCCAGCUAUUGGAUAAUGUGCGUAAGCAUUAUGCUCAUGUUUUGGAACUGCAAACCAUCUUGGAACUAUUGCGACUACGCACAUAUCCCACCUUGGGUCCUCCUUUGCCUCAGUGCCAUCCUCCUGUGCCGGAGUAUAUAGUUAAUUCUGUGCCAUAGUUAUAUUAACUUUAACUAUUCUGUAUUAAUAUUGUAUUUAACUUAAUACGCUCAUGUAAUGUGAAUAAAACUUUGCUGGCCAA